CUUCGUUCGACCCUUCUCCGCGCGACCGGAAACCAAUUAGCAUUAGCACGACUGCUGGCCGAGGCCAUCGUCAUGAAUCAGUGCAGUAUAUCCUUCGGUUCAAAGCGCAGCGAUGCGCAUUCGUAUACACGAUCCUGUAAUCUUAUAGACCUCCUCCGCUCUAUAAUUCACUCGAGGUAUCAUACAUAUAUAUCUCUCCCCCCAACAGCCGUAGCUAUCUUAUCGAGUGCCUUAAUCGCCAUUGGCCGCCGCACACAAUUCGGGUCAUAGCUCCUCCCAGCCCACCUGCAGCAUUUUCGCCACAAUGAAUCGCGACAAGCAGAAGCAGUCAAAGCCAAAUCAGCUCACCGGGAAAGAUAUCGCAAAGCACAACUCUAGAGACUCGUGCUGGGUCAUUAUUCACGGCAAAGCGUACGAUGUAACGGAAUUCCUGCCAGAGCACCCAGGUGGUCCCAAGAUCAUUCUGAAGUAUGCUGGAAAAGAUGCGACUGAGGAGUACGAGCCCAUCCACCCGCCUGACACGCUCGACAAGUACCUACCAAAGGAGAAACAUCUGGGAGAAGUGAACAUGGACACUGUCGAGAAAGAAGAGAAAGAGGUGGAUCCAGACGAGGAAGCGAGGCUGGAGAGGGUCAAGACGAUGCCAAUUCUGGAGCAGUGCUUCAAUCUUAUGGACUUUGAGGCUGUUGCAAGGCGUGUCAUGAAGAAGACCGCCUGGGCAUACUAUUCCAGUGGCGCUGACGACGAGAUCACAAUGCGUGAGAACCACUCGGCAUACCACAAAAUAUGGUUCCGCCCGCGCGUCCUCCAGAAUGUAAAGAACAUCGACUUCUCUACCACGAUGCUCGGUACGAAAGUCGACAUUCCCUUCUACGUAACCGCUACUGCUCUCGGAAAGCUAGGUCAUCCCGAGGGCGAGGUCGUGCUCACACGCGGGGCGAAGAAGCAUAAUGUCAUCCAAAUGAUCCCGACCCUCGCAUCAUGCUCCUUCGAUGAGAUCGUCGACGCUCGUGAAGGCGACCAAGUGCAAUGGCUGCAGCUCUACGUCAACGCGGACCGCAAGAUCACUGAGAAGAUCGUCAAGCACGCCGAGGCACGUGGCUGCAAAGGUCUCUUCAUCACUGUCGAUGCACCUCAACUUGGUCGCCGCGAGAAAGAUAUGCGGAGUAAAUUCUCGGAUGUUGGGUCCAAUGUGCAGUCCAGCGGUGGCAGCGACGUAGAUCGAAGUCAGGGUGCUGCGCGUGCCAUCUCGAGCUUCAUCGAUCCUGCACUCUGUUGGGACGAUAUCCCAUGGUUCAUGAGCAUCACCAAGAUGCCAAUCAUCCUCAAGGGCGUGCAGCGUGUGGAAGACGUCAUUCGUGCGAUCGAAGUCGGCGUCCAGGGCGUCGUACUUUCGAACCACGGCGGUCGCCAGCUCGAUUUCGCACGCUCCGGCAUCGAAGUUCUUGCCGAGGUGAUGCCCGUUUUGCGCGAGCGCGGCUGGGCCGAUCGAAUCGAGAUAUUUGUCGACGGUGGUGUACGGCGCGCGACGGACAUUAUCAAGGCUUUGUGUCUUGGUGCCAAGGGCGUUGGUAUUGGGCGGCCGUUUCUAUAUGCGAUGAGUGCGUACGGACUGCCUGGUGUUGACCGUGCGAUGCAGCUGCUCAAGGAUGAGAUGGAGAUGAAUAUGCGGCUGAUUGGGUGCUCCAGUGUGGAAGAGCUGAACCCGACGCUUGUCGAUACUAGAGGACUGAGUAUGCACACGACAAGUGUGCCAUCAGAUACGCUUGGUCUCAAUGUUUAUGAUCCGCUUGUUGGGCCGAGGGAGUCGAAGUUGUAGAUGACUAUGAUGUUUUAAACGUUUCAGGAUUGUAGAUAGCUAUUUGUACUAUAUACGCAUACGAUUUAGAGACCCCGUAUCUAGAUAUUCAUGUAGCGUGA